AUGUCAGGGUCUCGCAAGCUAGAGCUGGCCGAGGCCUUGGCCUUAGGACAGGAGUGGAAGCACUUCUGUUUUGUCCUGCUCUAUGCGCCUGACCCGGGGAUGCUCUUCGGCCGCAUUCCGCUGCGGUACGCAGUGCUGAUGCAGAUGCGCUUUGAUGGGCGCCUGGGCUUCCCAGGCGGCUUCGUGGACUCUAAAGACAGCCUGGAGGACGGACUCAACAGAGAGCUGCUGGGCAAGCUGGGCGAGGCUGUCUCCGCUUUCAGUGUGGGGCGCACAGAAUACCGCAGCUCACGUGCAGGGGACACCUCACAUGUUCUGGCGCACUUCUAUGCUAAACAACUGACGCUAGAGCAGCUGGAAGCUGUGGAGGCCGGAGCACCAAGAGCCAAGGACCAUGGGCUGGAGGUGCUGGGCCUGGUGCGGGUGCCCCUGUACACCUUGCGGGAUGGUAUGGGAGGCCUUCCAGCCUUCCUGGAAAAUUCUUUUAUUGGUGCUGCCCGGGAGCAGCUACUGGAAGCCCUCCAGGACUUGGGACUCUUGGAACCUGGUUCUGUCUUGAGUUGUAAAAAAUGUCCAUUAAGCCAACCUUCUUUAAACUCAUAG